AUAGGUUCCACGUCUUGCUUGGCUUCCCGCGCCUCUACAGGCUCGUCUGCCGCCACUUUAUAAAGACCAAUCAGCGGCAUUGUUUUAAGCGCAGUCGGGGCUGGCGUUGGUUACCGCGCGCGUCCGUGGUUACGAGCGUCAUUGGCCUGUGUCGAGGCGCGUCUAUUGCCACUGGAGCAGGCGGGGUGGACGGCACGCGCAAGAUAUCGUCACGUUUUCUGAUCGCUGCUUGAGAUUACCUUUCUAGCACGUGAGGGCGUCACAAAGCCAGCAGAUGGCGCUGUCGGAGGUUUUCAGACCGAGCGAUGGGGACCUUUUUGUCAGAGACACACUUGCACACGGUCCUGUCGUCUCCGUGGACACGUACAAGAAGGAGGGGGAGCGUCGACCCCAGACGCAAGGGGGGUACAGGUUCGGGCAGCUGAGCCACAACUCUUUCUUCACACGUCACAACCCACACCCGACCCGGGUCCGGCAUUUUAAAGGUCUGCUGGAUGUCCCCAUCUGUUCAGUUAACGAUGACGGCUAUUUCGCCAACCCAAGAUAUUCUUUACAGUUUCCUCCCAGCAGUUUUGAUAACACAAAGCUCAAGAGCUGGAAGGGUCGGAUCCCAGUCAACGCGAUCAACAUCAACAGUCAACUUCACCCUAUCAACACAAUCACCGGCGUACACUACUUCACCGGGUUCAACAGUUAUCCGUUCAGGGAGAAGGCCAUACCACGUGUAGGCUUGGUGCCGGUAACCGAGGCUUGGAGGGACGAACUCGCCGAGUUCACCAAGAACCUGCUGCUACAGGAAGAGCCGGUCAAACAGAAACCGGAAGAGGAAAAACGUCCCCGGACCUCGGUCUACUCGCCGGACACCGGUCGCCUCAUCCCUCCCCCCUCCCGCGCGAUGACCAGGGGCGGAUCCAGACGAGGGCACCAGUUUGUUGGCGGCAACUUCCAGCACAUCUCAGCGGAUCCGGAUCUGGAGAACACGGUGCUCAUGAUGUUGUGUCAGAUCCUUCAAACAGACGACAUCAGCGCAGUACAAGCCUGGCUCUGUUCUGCUGGACAAAGAGAAAAAGACCUGGUAAUGAACCUGGUGAGGAGUGCAGUGGCAGGGAGAGAGGAGUACUACAAACAGUACCCUGUGGAGUAUCUGCAGGAGUUUGACAAGUCCAAGUUACCUGCCAUUAGAUCUGGCACAAGCAGUGAAACCAACAGGUUGGUUCUGGAUGAACCGAGCCAGGAGCCAGACAGCAACAGGUGGCAAAAGGCCAAGACCCCACCAGCUGAUGCAGGCAGGGAACCAGCUGACCAGCCAGUACAAGCUCAAGAUUCACAAGUGACGCCGCCUACAACAGAAGCUUUCAAACAAACCUCCGCCACAGCAAGACCAGUAACGUCACAGAAGCAGGCCAGGGCACUGACCCCCUUACAACCCGCCAGGGUUACCAAAACUGAGAGCGCUAAGGCCCCCAAAAACAGCAGCCCAAAAGCCAGUCUGAAGUACACAAAGAAUCCAAGCAAGGAGCCAAUGUGGAGCCAAAACAAUUCUGUGUCUAAAUCUUGAUUGAUCCAUGUUUAUAAAUGAAACAUUUUAAAAUAACUUGUUAAUAAUGCUUAUUUUCUCACAGGUUGCAAAAAAGUUUAAGCUUAAAGCCUUCACAUUAAAAGAAGGUACUGCUUGCAGGAAAAAAAAAGUUUGAACAAAUAUCAAAUAUGUAAAAUAAUGUUUAUAAAAACAAGAGUUAUUGUUCCUGCUUAACUUUUUUUUUUUUUUUUUGCUCUUACUUGUAAACUCCAAAAAAAAAAAAACUUAAGCACACUAGUUUUGAGCAACAACAAUAUUUAAUGUUUUAAUUAUUUUUAUACUGGAAUUGGUUACACUUCCUUGCUCUAAUUUAAAAGAACCUCAUCAAUGCUAGUGUGUGUCAGAGACAUCCAGAGUUUUUCAUAUACACCCAUCAAACAGUAUUACAUUAGAUCCAAGCUAACAACUGUCUCAAAAAUGUAUUUAUUUCAAAUAAAAAAAUAAUAUAUACAUGUUUUUUUUAAUUUAAGAGUUACCAGUAUCUGUGAUAUCCUUCUGUGUUAAAAAAUGUAUAUCAACUAAGUUUAUCAACUAUAUGCCAGUAUUAAAACUUGACCUUUAUGUUUUUCUUUGCUUUAUCAUCAAUUUUUAUUAAAACAGUGAAUAAAAAUAAAAACUCUGUAUCAA